UUCAUUGGAGUACGGAAUGAGCAUUGCAACUUUUCUUGUAGACAGCCGUGUGCUGCUACCCGCUAGAGUGGUCCAUUAAAUACCGUUCACCGCCUUAGGGUUUUGUACCGGGUGACGCCGUCGGGGAAGAUCGAUCUGAGAGUGAGAGAGAGCGAGGGGAGGAGGAAGAUGAGGCCAAUUCUGAUGAAGGGGCACGAGAGGCCCCUGACUUUUCUCAAAUACAACCGUGAGGGCGAUCUUCUGUUCUCUUGCGCCAAAGAUCAUAACCCAACCGUCUGGUUUGCGGAUAAUGGCGAGCGACUCGGAACCUAUCGAGGUCACAACGGAGCUGUCUGGUGCUGUGAUGUUUCUCGGGAUUCCAGGCGCCUCAUUACGGGUAGUGCAGAUCAGACUGUUAAGUUAUGGGACGUUCAGUCAGGAACCCAACUCUAUUCUUUUAACUUCGACUCUCCUGCUAGGGCUGUGGAAUUUUCUAUUGGAGAUAAGCUUGCUGUUAUAACUACAGACCCUUUCAUGGAACAUACGUCUACCAUACAAGUGAAACGGAUUGCAAGAGAUCCCAAUGAACAGAUUGGUGAUUCUAUUCUUACGAUUAAGGGCCCUCAAGGGAGGAUCAAUAGGGCUGUUUGGGGACCUUUAAAUAAGACUAUUAUAAGUGCUGGUGAAGAUACAUUUGUCAGGAUAUGGGAUUCUGAGACUGGCCAGCUUUUGAAGGAGUCGGACAAAGAGACUGGCCAUCAAAAAACUAUUUCUUCACUAGUAAAGUCUGCUGAUGGCUCUCAUUUCCUCACAGGUUCCUUGGAUAAAUCAGCUAAGCUUUGGGACUCAAGAACAUUAACUCUUAUCAAGACGUAUGUGACAGAGCGUCCGGUAAAUGCAUGUGCUAUAUCUCCGCUUCUUGAUCAU